AACUUGGAACGCUGGGCGGGGCGGGACGCGCCGAGCUGUCUCGGGGUUCAGCGCAGGCAAUGGUGCGUCCCGGGGUGCGCGGCCGCCCGCUGGGCUCGGCGCUGCCCCUGCUGCUGGUGCUCUUCGACCUGCAGUACCAGGGAGCCGAAUGUGGAAUAAAUGCAGAAGCAGAAAAACAACUUGAAAUGGGCAAGAAGUUACUGGCUGCUGGACAGCUAGCAGAUGCCCUGUCUCACUUUCAUACAGCUAUAGAGGGUGAUUCUGAUAACUACAUUGCCUAUUACAGAAGAGCCACAGUGUAUUUAGCCAUGGGCAAAUCUAAAGCUGCAAUUCGUGAUUUAAGUAAAGUGGUUGAACUUAAGCAGGAUUUCACAUCAGCAAGAUUACAAAGAGGACACUUAUUACUUAAGCAAGGAAAAUUCGAUGAAGCCGAUAAAGACUUCAAAACUGUGCUCAAAUCUAAUCCCAGUGAUAAUGAGGAACAGGAAGCCCGGUCUCGGCUGAUGAAAUCCGAUGAGCUGCAGCGACUGCAUUCACAAGCCCUUUCUGAGUACCGCCGGGAGGAUUACGCUGCUGCCAUUACUCUCCUUGAUGAGAUUCUUGCAGUUUGUCUUUGGGAUGCUGAGCUGCGGGAGCUUCGAGCUGAAUGCUAUAUGAAGGAAGGAGAACUGGGCAAAGCCAUUAAUGACUUAAAGGCUGCUACCAAACUGAAGAGUGACAACACUGAAGCCUUCUAUAAAAUCAGCACAAUAUACUAUCAUCUGGGGGACCAUGAGCUGUCACUCAGUGAAGUCCGAGAAUGCCUGAAACUUGACCAAGACCAUAAACCAUGUUUUUCUCACUAUAAACAAGUAAAAAAACUUAAUAAGCAGAUCAUAUCAGCAGAAGACCUUAUAAAAGAGGGAAGGUACGUGGAUGCCAUCAGUAAAUAUGAAUCUGUAAUGAAAACUGAGCCAAAUGUCCCAGUUUAUGCUACUCAUGCCAAAGAAAGAAUCUGCCACUGUUUCUCUAAGGAUCAGCAGUCUGUUGAAGCCAUAAAAGCUUGCACAGAACUUCUGCACCUGGAACCAUCCAAUGUAAAUGCCCUAAAAGACAGAGCAGAAGCCUAUUUAUUAGAAGAAAUGUAUGAGGAAGCUGUUAAAGAUUAUGAAACUGCUCAAGCCAACAGUGAAAAUGAUCAACAGAUUCGUGAAGGUCUGGAGAGAGCCCAGAAGAUGCUGAAGCAGUCUCAGAAGAGAGAUUAUUACAAAAUUUUAGGAAUAAAAAGAAAUGCUCGAAAACAAGAAAUAAUCAAAGCAUACAGAAAGCUAGCAUCACAGUGGCACCCUGAUAACUUCCAGAGUGAAGAGGAGAAGAAGCAAGCAGAAAAGAAGUUUAUAGAUAUAGCUGCAGCUAAAGAAGUCCUUACUGACCCAGAGAUGAGGAAGAAGUUUGAUGCAGGAGAGGAUCCAUUAGAUGCGGAGAGCCAGCAGGGUGGAGGACACCCUUUCCACAGAAGCUGGAACACAUGGCAAGGAUUCAACCCGUUUGGUUCAGGGGGACCAUUUACAUUUAAAUUCCACUACAGUUAGAACAAGACUAGUUUCCUGUGGCUGCUGCUUUACCAAACUGUAAAAAAAAUAAAACUCUCAGUUCAAGACUCUAAA